CCCAAUCGAAAGCUGAUUGGACUAUCAUCGACAACCUGAAGAAUUCAUCGGGAUUUCACUGCGACUCUCUAGAGGACGCCAUGGACAGGUUCAUAGCCUCCAAGAUUGACUUCAAGGACGUCCUCAUGUACAUCGAGUUCGAGGAACCGAACUUCUUUAAUGCAUUCCGCGUACCUGAAGAUAAUUCAGGAAUGACUCGUGUCAGCAAGAAGGGCAAACCAGUCGACGCUGAAGAACUCAUCUUUCAGUGGUCCAGAGGAUUUGGCGCUGGGCAGUUCAAAGACGAGCCCAACGUACGUCAGGCGGCUGAUAUCUGGGGUAUGCCUCUAGACGCUCGUCGGAAGAUGUUGGAGCAAUGGAAGUCGGAGAUAUGCAAAACCAUCCUCGAAGAGAUUUGCACACUUGGCAAGAACUACAACGAAUGUCGAGAUCAACUGACACGUGAAUUCAGAGAAGGGAUGGUCACAACCCUCAUGGGGAAGAGAAUCAUUGGAUGCACAACGACUGGAGCAGCCAAGUUCGCACAAGACAUUCGUGGGGCGAAACCUGAUGUCCUUCUCAUUGAGGAGGCUGGUGAGAUUCUCGAAAGUCACGUCCUCACUGCAAUGGGUGAGAGUACCAGUCAGAUGAUUCUCAUUGGCGAUCACAAGCAGCUGCGUCCCAAAGUCAACAACUACAAGCUGACUGUUGAAAAGGGCGAUGGAUUUGAACUCAACAGAUCACUGUUCGAGCGCCUGGUUCUCAGAGGCUUCCCUCAUGAAACUCUGACAGCCCAACACUGUAUGCAUCCGGAAAUUUCAGCGUUCAUCAGGAAGCUCACGUACCCCGACCUCACCGAUGCUGCCAAGACCCAGGGCCGUGAUGACAUUCGCGGGAUCCAGAACAACUUCGUCUUCAUCGACCACACCCAUCCCAAGGAUAACGACCCUCGUAUUGCCGACUGAGGCGACGGGGCCUCGUGUUUUCAGUCAAAGCCAGAUCCUUGUCCUGACUGUACCAAAGAAGCCAAUCGUGCGGAGGAGAAGCGAAA